AUGAACCAACCUAGAGAUCCCGAUAUAGGGCAAGAUAGGGCCCUAGAGAUAUUUCAAAAGUUCUCUCCUCUUAAGUUUCUGGAAGGACCAGACCCUGAGGGAGCGGAGAGAUGGUUAGAGACCAUGAUCAAUAUAUUCGCCGCUUUAAACUAUGCAGAGGAUAGGGCUUGGUGGAAUGUAGUUAAAGCUAAGUGGGAGAGAAAGGGAACUGCAUGGACCUGGUUGAACUUCAUAGGGGAGUUUAACGAAAAAUAUCCCUCACUUAUCAACCAGGAGAAGAGAGAGGAUGAUUUUAUUAAGCUCCGGCAGGGAACUUUGAGUGUAUCUGAGGAUGAGACCCAAUUUACGAAGUUAUCCAAAUUUGCCCCUGAAUUGAUAGCUACGGAGCCAAGGAAGGUAAGGAGGUUUGUUCAAGGGUUCAAUGUGGAAAUACAGGAGGCCUUAACAGUAGCCCAGAUUAAUACUUUUACUGAGGUUUUGGAGAAGGCCCAGAGGAUAGUGAUUGUCAGGGCACAAGUGAGGAAGUUUCACGUGAAACGAAAAGGGGCACCCGGUGGAAGUCAAAGGCCGGCACAAAGUGAUCGAAGUGUGCCACCCUCUAAAGCCGGUCGUGAGGCUGGGGGUAGAAGGUUUACGGGUAUUUCGAGGGAAGGUACGCCGAGGGAAGGCCAAGGUGGAAGAGGAUAG